AUGUGCGGAACGAAUGUGGACCUGUCAAACGAAGGAAGCGGGUGUGUAAAUCAGCUUGGUGGGAUGUUUCUGAACGGCAGGCCGCUUCCAGCUUAUAAAAGGAGGAAGAUGAUCGAACUGGCAUCGGAAGGAGUGCGCCCAUGCGAGAUCUCCAGAAUUCUGCAGGUGUCAAAUGGCUGCGUCAGCAAGAUCCUGAGCAGGUACCACAAAACUGGCCUCCUGGACCCGAAGGCGACCGGAGGAAGUAGACCUCGACUCCUCACCCCCGAAGUCAUCUCGAAAAUAAUCGAAUGCAAGACGGAAAACCCAACAAUAUUCGCCUGGGAAAUCAGAAAAAAGCUCGCGGCCGAAAGAAUCUGUAAGUCGGCCAAAGUUCCCAGUGUGUCCUCUGUAAACCGAAUUCUCAGGAAGAUUCAACUCGACUCUGCGAUGUUGAGAGUGGAGAUUUCUACGCACCACCCCAGAUACCCAGGUCUUCCAGUGGAGACCCCAACGCAGUUAGUAGUGAAGGAGAGGGAGGAGAUGGAGACAGUUGAGGUGAAGGAGCCUCCAGGGCCCCAGCAUCGCAACCGCACCACCUUCACCCUGGAGCAGUGUAGAGUAUUAGAGCAAGAAUUCACACGGAGCCACUACGCAGACAUGUUCACCAGGGAAAAACUGGCAUCUGAGAUCCAACUUCCAGAGGACACCAUCAAGGUGUGGUUCUCAAACCGAAGGGCAAAAUGGAGGCGGGAAGCCAAGCAUAAGAGCAGUGUCCAUGGAGCACAUACUGUGUGCUAG